CACAGUUCUCUAUUUUCUUUGUUUUGCGUGGGUGGCCGAACCCGAACUUACCGUGUAGCACGUUGCACGCCUGUCACAUGUGUGGUGCGUUUGAUCUCCUAACAAGCAAGAUCUAGUGUCACUCUGAUAGCGUGUUUUCUGCGCAUUGGUGGUCAUGUACGCUUUUGUAAAGUAUGCCGAUGGCGCCGCGGCGAUAGUGCCAAUAUCACUAAUCAAGCGUUUUCACCCGAGCGACGCGAAAGACUUCAGUGCAACUGAUGUUAAACAGGUCUUUUGGGCCGACAAAGACGGUUCAGCAGCGAACUACUACCCGGGCACCGUGCAGUAUCUUGCUGGUUCGCUGGAUGACCUGUAUGAACAGCUAGUCACUGCAAGGAAAGCAAUUCCAAGGGUUUUCAAGGACAGUGACCUAGAUGCCAUGGUCUCCUCAGCACCUCCCCCGAAAAAAACAUGCCAGGACAUUGCCAAGGCUGCUUUUAAACGAACAAAAACACAGGAUACUGAACAGGGAAAAAAGAAUAUGGUUAAGGAAGUGCUGCGAUUGCAGCAUUCAAAGGUUAUGAAGAAGAAGUCCAGGACGAGGCUACCGAGCUCUGAAUCGGAUAUAUCAGAUGAUGACGGUGCAGUUGUACCAGAACAGUAUCUGCUUGAUGCACAAGAAAAGAUUCGUGUCCUCAAGGGGGAAAUAAAGAGCCUCCGAAAGCAGCUUGAGGAGGAAAGGGCGCUGUGCCAUGAAGUGCAGCGGUCUCUGCUAGCGGAACUGGCGAGACCGAAGAGGGUCGAUGUGCUGGACCAGGAACCAUUCCUACGGGCUCAGGUCCCGAUCCAGCGAGCUCAGGCCUCACUUCAACGAUCUCCGUGCCGGCCUCCACAAGCUCAGGACACACCUCUGCAACCUGAAGCCCCACUUACACCUGUGUGUCUUUCUGUGAUGCAGCACCCAGUACUGCAUUCACCACAAGAAAAGGCCACCCCAGAAAAGUCAAUGGAGCAUCCCAAUGAGCCUGUUGCAGAAGAGCAACCAAGCUCAUGCACAGAAGACAAAACGGCAAAACCUGGCACAACCAAUCAAGCACAGCUGCCUCCAGGAGACCAGGAGGAAAUUGCUUCUGUGUUGAACAUGACGCCUCCUCCGGAGAUGAUUGAUUUGGGCCACGGCGUCAGUACUGAGAAGAGGAAGUAUUUAGAUGUCAUGAAGAGACCGUCAGAUGGGCGAUUUUGCAAGGAUUUUGCCCGCCUCCUGUGGUCCGAGGAAGCACUGCUCCACAGGAGCGUAACAGGUGCUCCUUGCAAGCGGUACAGCAAGGAGGGCCGGCUACCCAAGCCGGCAAUGACGCCAGAAAAGAAGGACGCCCUGGAGGGUGCCUUCAAGGUCUACAUCGAAAGGACCGACCCUGAGGGUUCCGAGAUGUGGAAAAAACGCCUUGGUGCAAUGAACAGGCACCUGGCGUCACUUCUCCAGGGACAUCAAAGCGCAAGAGGGAGGAUCAACAAAGAGACUCAGCAAGACAAUGCUGAAAUGAACUAAAUCUGUUCUUGAAAUGAAAUAUAUUGCUUCUGUCUUUAAAACACUUGUGGACCAUUC